UGAAAGGUGUUGUGCUUCACUUCUCUUUGAAAAGCCUGAGACACAGGUGGACUAACUCUGAAGUCAGGAGCUUGAAGCCUCAGCAUGACAAGCUGUCCACAGAAAUACAUAGAAGGUGAAGCUCUUCACUUUCAACGUGAAAAAUCAAACAAUGCAUUAAAGCUCAGAGUGGCCGUGCUGGUUGUCUGUGUUCUCCUGGUGUCGGCUCUCGUGGUAAUUUAUCUCUUGUUUGAGCUUUUGACAACCAGGGAAAUGCUCAGAAACCUUGAGCUAAAGCAGAAAACUGUACAAACCAAUGUCGCGGAGAGACUGCCUGAAAUGAAACCAUGUAGUACAGUGCAGCCCACAUGUCCAGAGCCUAAAGUAAAAAUUAUAACGGAACCGUGCAACACAAUACCAACUACAACCCUACAACCUCCUGAAAUAAACAUGCUAACACAAUCGUACAGCACGAUACCGCCUACAACCCCACAACCUCUUGAUAUAACUACGAAUGAUUCAUGUUAUAAAUGUGAGGAUGGCUGGAAGCAACAUGGAGGAAAGUGCUAUUUUUUCUCCACAAGCAAAUCAUCCUGGAAUGAGAGGAGCACUGGAUGUAUCACUAAAGGAGGAGGCCUGGUUAAGAUAGACAGCAAAGAGGAGCAGAGCUUCUUGAGGAUAGCUAUUCAACAAAAAAUCGAGGGCUAUGACGACCUUUUCUGGAUCGGACUGACAGACUCAGCAGUAGAGGGCAGAUGGUUGUGGGUGGACGGCUCACCGCUGAAUGAAGGGUUUGAUUCAGUCCAAUUACAUUAUACUGCACUUCAUACAUAUGAAAUGUACUGCAGGGUUUGCCUAUUUACAAUAACAGUCACCUUAGAGCUGGAUUAUACUGUAAGGAAAAGACAGAAAGAAGACAGACCAGCGGUACUCAGUGACAGUGAGGUGGUGAGCAGAAAGAGAAGGGCUUAGAACGACCGCGACAAAACAAACAUUUGACAUUUUGGUUCUUUCAUGAGCCAAAUAAUUGGACUGGAGAAGAUCCUGAUGGAGAGGACUGUGCGAGCAUGGGGAAAACGCAUUGGUUUGAUAUUUCCUGCAAAGUAAAUAUUAGAAGUAUUUGUGAGAAACCAGCUGUGGCUCUGUGUGUCUAAAUUUAAUUCGGGAAGUAGAGGUGGGAGUAGAGGACACAAUGAGGCCGUUUUUCAAAAGCUAAUGCUGCAAACUUUUAAAGCUUCCUUUCAUGAAAAGAUAUAUAUACCAUUUAAAAUGAAAUAAAUGUUAAUGAUUAGUUUGUUCCUGUUUUUUUAAUGUGUGUAUUAUGUGCUAAAACUGCAAUGUCACCAGUGAAACGCUUUUUUUUUGUUGUAACUUUUAAGAAUUUACAUCAGUGUCUGACCUCACAGAGGAGUUAUAUAUCUAAAGCCUAUGAAAAUAAACCUUGUUCUGCCUGUUUUAUUAAAAUGAUAUAAAAACUUUCCAGACUGUAAAUAGACUCA